GCCGAACUUACCAUGGCUGCUCAUGGAAGAGCCUGGGCUUCAAACUAGGAUCAGCCGACCUUUGCGGCCAAAAUCAGACUGUACGACGCUCCAGCCGGCGACAUAAGUACAGGCAAAGCCUCCCACCAUAAACAGUUGGUCGUUAGACUUUCCAAGUUCUUGAAGCAGCCAGGGACCGUGUACCAGAACCUGAACCAUAGCAAAACACCACCUUCUCGCACCAUGCCGAACAGCGAAACUGCACAGAUGAACGGUAAACACCGUGAAGAGGAGAGAGAGGGCACAUUCCACAGGGUUGCCACUUUCCUCCUCCGGAUGAGCGAGCUGGUUUGUGCCGUCAUUGUGCUUGGGAUCCUCGCUCGCUUCACUUACCUUAUUGGCGUCGCCCGUGUCAGCGUACAGGGCCGUAUCGUGUACGCGUUGGUCGUUGCCUGUAUCGCUACCGCGUUCUCGAUCCUCUUCUGUCUGCCCAUCAACGCCCUGUCGAUUAGCUUCCCGUUCGACUUUAUCCUCUUCGUCGCCUGGAUCGUUGCGUUUUCCCUCCUUGCAUCGGAAUCCAGGCAAUGUUCAUCAGGCUGGUACCGCAACUACUGGGGCUACUACUGGGGCCGGUGGUGGCGGACUGGCCCUGUCGGGACAGUCCCUGUUGGGCGCACUGGCUGUGGCUAUUGGAGAACGACGCUGGCUUUCUCCUUCUUGGCAUCCAUGGCUCACCUGCUCAGCUUCAUCUUGGGCAUAUACAUCUUCCGCAAGUACGUCAGAGUCAAGGAUACGGUCGCCAAAGCCAAGAGGCAGGCCGGGAAGCUGCGAAAGUCGCAUUCUUCCACACACCUAGCCAAUGGAGCCAACGGAGCGACUUCAACACGGCAAGGGAGUGCUGCGACGGACAAUCCGCCCAUGUCGACGGUCCCUCGAGAACCUGCUCAGCAGGUGUAAUCGCACGCCGAAGAUGCAUCUUCCCAUCACUAUGGUGAUGAAUGACAAAAGCAUCCCGGGAGGUGAUAGUUUGACUGAGAGGAGGUAGCCUCGGGAGCCUUUCCCACUUUUCAAGGGCAUCGGCGGCUCAUGUGAGUCUUGGUUCUCGGAGCAUCUGCUUGCUUGCUAUUUUUAAUGCUAUGCGGUGGUGAUACUGAAUUAUUGAUUAUACUCGCUUCUUGCUGCUUGUGCUUCAUUCACUUGGUUCGCCUUUACAAGCUUCAAGGGGGCCUGAGGACGUUGACCAAGUGGUCAUAAUGAAUGAAAGGGCGGCCCCCGUUCAACUCGACCGCUGGAGGGUCUUACUGAAUUACCGUGUGCUGAUCUACCUAAUAAUAAUGCAAUAAUUGUUGCCAUGUCGCAGUCGAGACUGAGAAAGGCGCGCUAACCCCAUUAGAGGACGAGUCUGAGCUUUUGUUACA